CCAGGGACAGAUUUUGUGCUCCAAACAAGGGUUUGGCGCACCCAUGGAGCUUCCAACUCCCGUUUUACUGGCUACAGGAGCAGGUGAAUCGGCCUCUCCAAGCCUUUUUGGCCGCGUCUUUCGGGCAGCCUCAGCAGCUUUGUCAGCUCCAUUGCAAUGGACGUCGGCAGAGUUUGUGAGGCCUUUGGCGGAAUUUGCUUUACCUGGCUCUGCGGAGUCGACGUCCGAAGAUGACAGUGGGCUUUCCACCGCAUUGAGUCCCAAGAAGCGGAAACGUGUGCGAUUCCAGGAGCCAGACAUUAUUGAAGUCACCAGCUGGAAAGACGAGACGCGGCAAAUGUAUUUCAACUCAAUUCAGCAGGACGACCUCCUAGAAGAUGCCGCUGAACUCCUCAUGAAGCAAGUUCAACGCUUCUUUGCCUCCCGCUUUGCAGUGCUUGCAACCUCUACGGCUGCAGUGGCUGGCAUGGCGCUUUUGGGCAUGAACGAAAAUCUGAGCCUCUUGCAGCUCUGAUUUGAAGAUAACUAAACGAAUCAAAAAAGUUUCACCAAGAUUGGCUCCUGAAGUUGGAGGCCACUCAAAUUCGCUUCAGCGAAGCUUGAUCCAUUCGAGAAGUGGAAGCCUGAGAUAAAACUGAC